AUGCCGUUCUUUAAUACAGUAAAAAAUUUUGUCAGUUCCUCCACAGAGAUCAAAGUAAAGGAUAUAACUGAUGACCGUGAGAAUUCUAUAUCGAACAGUAAUGCAGGUACAUUGAUGAAUGAGAUAUCUGUUUUGACAUACAGUCCAAAAACUUUGAAAGAGAUAAUUUCCGUGCUAAGGAAAAGAUUACAAGUUGCAUUAUAUUUGACAAAAAGAUUUUCACAUAAGAAUUGUAUUAUAGUGGUCAAAACUUUGACUUUAAUAUCAUAUUUAUUAAACAAUGGUUCUGACGAAUUUAUUGAAUGGAUAAGUUCUACAAGCAGUUAUAUAUUUGAUCAUUUGAAUACUGUGGAGAUCGAUGAAAGGAACAUAAAUAAGGUUGAUAUGAAUAUAUGGAUACAAAUUCGAAAUCUGUCGCAUAGUAUAUCAUCGUUGUUGAAUGAUCCCAAUCUUUUAGAGAAGAGGAGACAAAACGUUAUAGAGUUCAGAUCUAGCAUAUCAUUUCCAGGACGUAAAUCUACCGACAACAGACAUUUAACAAGAUAUAGUAGUGAAAAAUUAAAUAGAAAUAAAAGUAAUGCAAACACAUAUGGAUCUAAAAGUCUUGACGUGAACAGAAGACCAUCUGACAAUCCCAUGAUGUACACUAUAGCAGACGAGGGGGAAGAAGAGGAAGAAGAAGAAAAAGAAAGCAACAGCCGUUUUAUAAAUUUCAGAUUAAAUAGAUACCGUGACGUGACUAUCAGCGAGUUUAAGCCCAAUGCAAAAACAUUAGGAAAUCUCCGAGAGGAAGCAAAUACGAUUGACUCUCAAACAGGUGGUAGAAGUACAGGUCUAACCUCCAGGGUGUUCCAUGCAACUAACCCAUUCAGUAGUUAA